GUCCAACCCAGCAGCUAAUAUCUGUCGGGCGGUACUUUUAUUCACUCACACAACCCCCUAUAGCGCCCACGCAUGGCUACUGAAGCAUCCACCUUCCCUGCAGCUAACAGGUACGCAGUUGUUACAGGAGGAAAUAAGGGCAUUGGAUUGGAGAUAUGUAGGCAGUUGGCUUCUAAUGGGGUGACGGUGGUGGUAACAGCCAGAGAUGAGAAGAGAGGCCUUGAAGCUGUUGAAGAACUCAAGAAGUCUGGUCUAUCUGAUUUUGUGGUUUUUCAUCAGCUCGAUGUGACUGAUCCAACUAGCAUUGCUUCACUUGCAGACUUCAUCAAAAUCCAAUUCGGAAGGCUUGACAUUGUGGUAAACAAUGCAGGAAUUGGUGGUGCUACAGUAGACCCUGAUGCUUUUCGAGCUGCAGUCGCUAGUGGUGGUCUACAAAGCGACAGUAUCAAAUGGAACGAAAUAGCGACUCAGACUUAUGAACUGGCCAAAGAAUGCUUGCAGACAAACUACUAUGGUGCCAAAAGAAUGGUUGAAGCACUUGUUCCCCUCCUCCAGCUAUCUGAUUCAGCCAGGAUUGUAAAUGUUUCCUCUUCCAUGGGAAGUUUAAAGAACAUACCAGAUGGAUGGGCUAAGCAAGUGUUCAGUGAUGCAGAAAGCCUUACAGAAGAAAGAGUGGAUGAGGUGCUGAACAAGUUCUUAAAAGAUUUCAUGGAGGGUUCAUUGGGAACCAAUGGGUGGCCAAUGAACUUUUCAGCCUAUAGGGUCUCAAAGGCAGCCAUGAGUGCCUGCACAAGGAUUCUAGCCAAGAAGUACCCUACAUUCUGCAUCAAUUGUGUGUGCCCUGGCUUUGUCAAAACUGAUAUGACCUUCAAUGCUGGCACCUUGACUGCCCAAGAAGGUGCUGAAAGUCCAGUGUGGUUAGCUCUGCAGCCCAAAGGGGGUCCUUCUGGGCACUUCUUCUUUAGGAAGGAAGCCACAGAUUUUUGAAGAUUGAGAUAUAUAAAGGGCAGUCCUGGGGGAGGGGGUGUAGGAGAGGCUCCCCCAGAAGAUAGGUCUGUUUGGAGAUUGUAUCAUAUGAAUAAUUGUUAUUGUUUGUGCAUUGAAGUUUGUAUGCUAAUGCUAACUAGCUAGCAUGUUGGAUUAAUCAUAAUAUCUGCUGAUUUACUUA